UCCUUGCUUGGUCGGGCCGCUCAAUUGUCAGCGUCACAAUUGGUGUCAGAAGUGGGAUUGACCAAGUGAGGAGGUGAAAAUGAUGGAGGAACUGAGGAAGAUGAUGAGGUCACUCCUGCAGCUUCAGGCAGCCUGUGAGCAGCAGUUUGCACAGGUACAGGAACGGGAAUCCAUGAUGGAAGAGGAACGGAGACUCCGGAAGCAAGACGGCAGAUUGGCUAAAAGCUCGACAGGCACUAACUCUGCCGCUGAGGCAUCAAAGGUCCUGGCGGAGAACCGGAGAUUGGUGCAAGAGCAGAAAGAGGAGCAGCUCCGGUUACAGAGGGAGGAAGAGAAGAAGGAGGAGGAGAAGAAAAUCAAAGACGAGGAAGAUGCUUUUCUAGCCGAGGAGGAGCGGGUGAAAAGGGCCGAAAAGAUCCGUCAGGAGAGAGAGUGCGUCAGGCAGCAGAACCAGCAGGAGCGCCAAAAGGAAGAAUGGGAAGCUUCCUUCUGACUUCAGUCCUCGCUCCCCCCCCCUGCACAAGGGGAAGCAGAAACCGUGCAGGGAACCCAAUAAUUUUAAGACACUGUGCUUCUGGGGGAGAGGGGUAAGGAAAUGUAACGGAGGUGAUCUUUGGGGCCAUAGAUCUCGGCCUCCGUUACGGAUUGAGUAGCUUUGUUGGUGGCGAAGUGUAUGUAGUUUGUGCAUCAGUAUGUGUUUUAGUUUGUAUGUCUCUGUUUGCUGGUUUUAUGUUGAAAAGUGUUCCCCUUCCCCCAUGUCUGUUACGGCUGAUUGUGUCCACCUGGUGCCCUGUGUUGUCUCCUGAUUACUACUGAUUAGUGUGUGUGGGUAUUUGGGCUCUGGGGUUUUUCUGUUUUGGGAGAGGUGUGUGAGAUCCUUGUGGCUGGUGACUGUUCGCACGGGAACAGCAGGAUUGAGGCUGUGUCCUGUGCUCGAGUGUAAUAAAUGCCCACACCGGGUUAUCAUUUUGGACGUUCUGCCUCUGCCUCUUUGCUUGGUCGGGCCGCUCAAUUGUCAUCGUCACAAUGCUAACUAAUUUGUCGACUCAUUCCUUCACCACUGUUUUUGCUCUCAGAAUAAUGGAUCUACUGAUUUAAUCCCUUAUCAAUAUUUAGCCCUUUUCAAAGAAGCACGUUAG